CCUUUUUUUUUUCAGCUGUCUUUCUCACAUUCAGCCAAUUUUCACUCUAUUUUUUUGUUUUUUGUUUUACCAUGUCGAGCAAUCGGACUGUGCGACUGUCGAUUACGCUGUCGCUGACACUGUCGUUCUUUGUCGUGGAGCUCGUUGUGGGCAACAUGACCAACUCUGUGGCGCUGAUUGCCGACUCGUUCCACAUGCUCUCGGACGUCCUCUCGCUGCUCGUCGGCCUCUUUGCCAUCCGCAUUGCCAAGCACACGCUCUCGUCCAAGAACACCUUCGGCUGGGUCCGCGCAGAAGUCCUGGGCGCACUCAUCAACGGCGUCUUUUUGAUUGCCCUGUGCUUCUCCAUCUUUGUCGAUUCGAUUACUCGCUUCUUUUCGCCUGAAGAAAUUGAAGACCCGAGGUUGGUGCUGUACGUUGGUUCGGCUGGUCUGUUCAUCAACCUCAUUGGCAUGAUGCUCUUCCACAAUCACGCUGGCCACGGCCACUCCCACGGCGGCGGCAGCGAGGUUGCACCCCCAACCGAAACGACCUCUUCCACCGAGCUUCAAGCGGGCAUUUUCAACUCUCGACAAGUCACCGAGGUGCCCGUCGUUGCUGACGAUGGACACGGUCACGCUCACGGUCAUGGCCACGGCCACGCCGCUGCCGCAUCCGCACCCUCAGGCGGACAUGGCCACAGCCACGGAGGCUCGCUCAACAUGCGCGGCGUUUUCCUUCAUAUUGCGGCAGACGCUCUCGGUUCCGUCGCCGUCGUCAUCAGUGCCCUCGUUUUCGAGUUUGCGGACUUUGACGGCAAGGUUUAUAUUGACCCCGCCCUCAGUUUGUUCAUUGCCUGCUUGCUGCUCAGCCACUCGAUUCCUCUCGUCAAGCAAUCGUCCAUGAUUCUGCUCCAGAGCGUCCCGAGCACUGUCAACGUCGAAACCAUCAAGAGCAGCCUUGUGCAGCUGGCCGGUGUUGUGGACGUUCACGAGCUUCACGUUUGGGAGCUUUCCGAAGGCAAUCUGAUUGCCACCGUCCACAUCACUUCGGACGCGGAGGACAGUUUGGCCAUUGUUUCGCAAAUCAAAGGCUUCUUCCACCGCUUUGGUAUCCAUUCUACCACCGUUCAACUCGAGCAUGUUCAAAAUUCUUACGCGGUGGAUGACGAAAAGGCAUGCUUGCUCGACUGCAGUGCUGCUGAUGGUGUGGAUGAUUGCAGCGCCAACACAUGCUGCACCAACGACAACGCAGUCAAGGCUCGCCGAACUUUGCGCUUCCCCAUCACGACCAGCACUGGCGUGUAAUUCUGUCCUAGUUCCAAGUGAGGAAAACAAAACACAACGAAACGCAGGGGUCAUCAAACCAAUUGUUUUGUGUGCAUGUGUGUAAUAAAACGAAAUUCGACAAAUGUGACCAAA